GCGAAACCCAACCCGAGAGCUCGCGCGAGAAGGCCAUGGACUCUCAGAAAGACAUUCAGCCUCCUAAACAGCAGCCCAUGAUCUAUAUUUGUGGAGAGUGCCACACGGAGAAUGAGAUCAAGGCCCGGGACCCCAUCAGAUGCAGAGAGUGCGGCUACAGAAUCAUGUACAAGAAGAGGACCAAAAGAUUGGUUGUAUUUGAUGCCCGAUGAGAUGCAUCUGCUGUUUUCCUGUUAGAAUGACCUUUUUUAUCUCUGACUGUGUGAAUACAUGUAACCACUAAUGGAUCAAAACGGAGUGAAAUA